GGGCUCUAGGCACGCAGUCUUAGUAGUUGUGGCUCAUGGGCUCUAGAGCGCAGGCUCAGUAGUUGUGGCGCACAGGCUUAGUUGCUCCAUGGCAUGUGGGAUUUUCCCAGACCAGGGCUCAAACCCGUGUCCUUUCAUUGACAGGCGGAUUCUCAACCACUGUGCCACCAGGGAAGCCCACAAACUGUUACCUUGCAUUUAGAUUCAUUAAGCGUUGGUUGCCAUGAAGCAAGCAUAUGCAAGAGUUCAAAUCUCUUAAAGCUUGAAGUUAUAAAAGUAAUAGAUUACCAUUCCCUCAAUAUCUUGACAUGCUAGAGGACAGUGUUUUAAAAGCUGGACUUGUCAUGUUCUUCUGGAGACUAAGAAAUUAGAGUCCUUGAAGUCAAGCUGACUCUGCUUUUAGCCUCCUAAAUGAAAAGGUAGAUAGAACAGGUCUUGUUUGCAAACUGAAUUCAAGACCUACUUAUCUACCAACAGCAGUUAUACACUUUCUAUUGUCUUACUAUAGAAAAUAGGAGUAGUGAAUUUACAGAUGAGUCAGGGUGAAGAAAGACAUAGUGAACCCAUGAGAAUCUUACUCUAAUUGAUAGGAAGGUGACUAGAAGUUGGAGAAGUUGGUUAGGAAAGUGGAGGAGAGGACCUUUCCUGUAGUACAGUCUUCAUAGGGUCCAGGAAGUCUUUUUUUUUAAUUAAUUAAUUAACUUUUGGCUGCGUUGAGUCUUCAUUGCUGCAUGCAGGCUUUCUCUAGUUGCAGCGAGUGAGGGCUCCUCUUUGUUGUGGUGUAUGGGCUUCUCAUUGCGGUGGGUUCUCUUGUUGAGGAGCACGGGCUCUAGGUGUGCAAGCUUCAGUAAUGGUGGCACACGGGCUCAGUAGUGGCGCACGGGCUCAGUUGCUCCGUGGCACGUGGGAUCUUCCCAGACCAGGGCUCGAACCCUUGUCCCCUGCAUUGGCAGGCGGAUUCUUAACCACUGUGCCGCCAGGGAAGCCCCAGGAAGUCUUCUGGUAGCUAAACCUUGGAUAGAGACCAGCCUAGUCUCAUUUACAGAAUGCCACAUCAUGGUGAAUUGUGCUGGGGGCAGCUGCCAUUGUGUGAGCCACGUAAGAUUUUAACACAUUUUGGAGGAUGAGAAGAGCAAAUUGAUGACCAAGCACAUGCUUCAGAAAUUACUUUAUUGCAUGUGUACAAGUGAUUGCAUAUUGUUUGAAUCAGCAGGAAGUCAAUUAUUAAACAUACACUUUUCCAAAUAAAAGGCAAUUUAAUUUUACCAGAAACCAGUGUCAUUUUGUAUCCGAAGUCUGUAACCAGCUUUACAAUCUCAUCUAAUAAAGGUGCCUUAAAUUCUGAGUAUGUUGAAUUAUUAAACCCGUGUUACUUUACACCAGGAUUCUGUGGUGGUUUUACAUAUUCUCUUUGCCCUUUGUUAAGGUGGGGAAGCCAAAGAUUAUGUUAAUAACUUGCUCAAGAGUUAUAAAGUGAUAUAGGUAAAGCUAAGAAAAGAACAGAUUUUGGUAUCUUUUGCCCAGUAUGAGGGAUUGUGGCUACAAUGGUCUGAUUUUUUUUUAAAAAAUCUUUUUCUGUUUUGUUUUUUAACAGAUUUAUCAGCAGGUUGCAGGUGAACAUGGCCUUGAGGUCUUCUGCUAUAGUUUGAACAAGCCCUGCCAGCCCUCACAUGGAGAGCAGUGAGAGGCCGAAGAGCAGUGGCUGGAUGAAACAAGUAUUUGGUGUGCACGUGUUAGCCCUUGGGGUUUGAGUGAUGAACAUGACAGAUACUGUCCUGCCUUCAUGGAAUUAGGUGUUACAAAGAUCAUUUCAAAAUUAAAGAGCCCAGGUGGGUCUCCUGGUUCCUCCAGUACAGGAAGCUCACGCCUGCCCAGGGGCCAGGUGCUGCCUCCAUCCACUGUCUCAGGCCUCAACCCUUCCCACGCAUCAGGUCUCAGUUCAGACAUCUACUCUUCCAAAGUGCUUCAAGGGCAUGAAAAAGCCAACACCAUGGUAGCAUUAAUGAAAGUGUAUCGAGAGGAAGAUGAAGCAUACCAGGAAUUAGUUACUGCUGCAACCAUGUUCUUCCAGUAUUUACUGCAGCCAUUCAGGGAUAUGCGAGAACUUGCAACUUCAUGUAAGCUUGCUAUUUUGAAGUCCUUGGAUGAGGAUGGUCUGGGUCCUAAAAGGAUAGUUGCCCUGCAGAAGGAAGCCCAAGAAUGGACCAGACGGGCUGAAGAAGCUAUAGUCUCGAUUCAAGAUAUUACAGUGAAUUAUUUUGAAAAAACAGUAGAAGCAUUAGCAGGAAUGCAGAAACAAAUGGCACAGGAUGAGAAGAGAUUUGGCCAGGCUGCCUGGGCCACAGCAACUCCCAGGUUAGAAAAACUCAAGCUGAUGUUAGCUCGGGAGACUCUGCAACUCAUGAGAGCCAAAGAGUUGUGUUUCAGUCACAAAAGAGCUGAAAUUCAGGGAAAGAUAGAAGAUCUUCCAGAACAAGAAAAAAAAAUAAAUGUUGUAGACGAAUUAGAAAUACAAUAUUAUGAAGUUCAGUUAGAACUAUACGAGGUUAAAUUUGAGAUAUUAAAAUAUGAAGAAAUACUGCUUGUUACACAGUUGGACUCUAUUAAAAGACUUAUAAAAGAUAAACAGGAUGAAGUUAUCUAUUAUGAUCCGUGUGAAAAUCCAGAGGAACUUAAAGUCAUGGAUCAUGUAAUGGGGCUGCAGGAUGAUAAGAAUCUGGAGGUGAAGGAACUCAGCCGGCAGUGCCAGCAGCUGGAAUCUAAACGGGGCAGGAUCUGUGCCAGAAGAGCCCGUCUCAGGAACAGAAAGGAUCAAUGCAAAGAAAAUCAUCGACUCAGAUUGCAGCAGGCUGAAGAAAGCAUAAAAUAUUUUCAUCAGCAUCAUAGCGUUCAGAGGAAAAGAGACCAGAAAAAAGAGGAGGAGCAAAAGAAAAAAGAAUGGAUAAACCAAGAGCGCCAAAAAACACUCCAACGAUUGAGAGCAUUUAAAGAGAGAUGUCCAGGUCGCUCUGUCCUGAAGAGCUCUCGCUCGCACCCUGUGGCUGCACACCUGCCGAGUGGACCUCCCCGGCAGACGUCCCCGCCGACUUCUCAGAUGACGGCGGUGAUCCAUCCGUCCUCUAGGAAAACCAGAAGCGCUCCCUUAGCCGAAGUUAGUAACGUGAGAACCCCUGAGCAUGAAGACUGUGCUAGAAACAUCCCUGUUCAGACGUUUGUUCCAGUUGGUGCCCAUACACACUGCAGAUCAAGUGAGGAGUUGUCACUGCCGCCACCUCCGCCACCGCCACCGCCACCGCCACCACCACCACCACCGCCCCUCCCUGCUCCGCCCUUUUCUUCUCAAUCUGCAAAUCAUCGGAAUUUACACUUCAGGACUUCAGCGAAAGAUGAUCAGCCGCUUCCUCUAGUGUGCGAAUCGCCCGCUGAGAGCCCGUGUGGUUCCUCAGACAGUCUUAGCUGCCCAGGGUCGAUGGAUGAAGUGCUGGCCUCCUUAAGGCAUAACAGGGCCCCUCUCCAGAAGGCGCAAGCGCCCACUUUGUCCCCUCCCCGUGCCUCAGUCAAUGAGCACAUUCUGGCUGCCAUAAGGCAAGGGGUCAAACUGAAGAAAGUUCACCCUGACCUUGGCCCGAGCCCCAGCAAUAAACCCACCAGCGACCUGGAGAGAAGCAUCAAGGCGGCGCUCCAGAGAAUUAAGAGAGUAUCUGCUGACUCGGAGGACGACGAUCGUGAUGAGCAGAACCCCGGCGAGUGGGACCGUUAGCCUCUUCGCCAAGGCCCAAGGCUCGUUCUGGAAAAGGAUGUGCAUGGGGUGCUGGUAGACUGGCCACAUAACACCCCGAAAGAUCAGCAGGGCUGGGUGUGUGACGUUGCAGCUUUAUUUAACGCUGCAGCUCUUAAAGUCAGAGAAGGAAGGAGAGACGUGGUGCCUUUCACGCAUCUAAGAGCGCACGGUGAGCACUGCUGGCAUAAGAAAAUGGUAGUUAUUGUUCACCACGGAUAAUCUAGAAUCAUUCCCUUAUUCUGAAAAACGUUUACACUGCUAUGGUAAACAGCACUACUGACCGUUCCUCCCGAGUGUGUGUAGUGGUUUCCUGGGAUUGAAAGGUUUGAAUGUGAACAUUAUCUUAACAAUAAUCCGAAUAAGUUGCUUAUAAGCAGGAAUUAUUUUAAAUAUUUUAAAGGAAAUGUAUUUCAUGUAUCAGGCAGUAUAUAAACUCAUAAUAAAGAACUAUUUAUAAUG